AUGACCAAGACCGCAGACGCAGCGCAACCAGGAGCAUAUGUGGCAGUCUUGCCCCUCAGAGGCCACGGUCCACCAAAGCCAGAGAACGCUUUGCCAUACCGUGACAAAGCGAUCGACAGCAACGGGCUACGUCUGCUGACCAUCGAGCCGGCCGCAAACGACGACGAUCCUGUCGUCUGUACGCUGGUCGAGACGCGGUUUGGCGACAAGCCCAAGUUCCACGCGCUGUCGUACACAUGGGGCCACAAGGCGCCCGACGACCCGACCAUCAUGCUCAACGGGUUUCCGUUUGUCGUGCGACGCAACCUCUUUGACGCGCUCAUCUUCUUUCGACGCCAAAACCAAGCGGCGGAUGCAGGCCGGCAGUUCUGGAUCGAUGCGAUCUGCAUCAACCAGAGCGACGUCGAGGAGCGCAACCGGCAGGUGCGGAUCAUGGACCAGAUCUACUUCCGGGCGACCGAGGUCGUCGUCUGGCUGGGCAAAGCGUACGAGCGCUUUGAGGUGCCCGUUCGACCGGAAUCGGGCGUGCAGAGCGACGACUGGGAUGGCAUCACCACCGCCACGAAUAACAACACCAACGACCGCGGCGUCGGCACCGCCGUGCACAGCGGCCGAAACGCGUACGGGCGUCAGUGGGAGCUCUGCGGGCAGUUGCAGGUGGACCCGUACUGGGAGCGCGUCUGGAUCUUGCAAGAGAUUACCAAGGCAUGGACGCUGCACGUCCACUUUGGCCGGCGGUCGUCGUAUACGUGGGACGAGUUUCUCGUCUUUUUGCGCAGCAACACCCGGCGGGAGGACGCCCGCGCCGGGCAGCAGUCCGGCCCCCUGUGGCUGCACGAGAGCCUGCGCGCCAAGGACCAGCGGGGCGCGCACACGCUGAUCGAGCUGCUGCACGACCACCGGUUGGCCAAGUGCGCCGAUCGGCACGACAAGGUGUACGGGCUCCUGGGCAUGGCGACGAACGGCAGUGGGUUCCCCAUCGACUACAACAAGUCGCUGUUUGACGUGUGGGUGGACACCAUGGUCUUUUUGAACGGGAAGCGGCUCUUGACGGCGGAGCACAACGUGGUCUUUGUCGGGCAGCUGGUCCGGGAGAUCCUGCAGGUUGCGGACAGCGAUCUCCACCUGCCGUCCCUUGUCGCCGGCAGCGCACAGCCCGGUGGCGCACAGCCCGGUGGCGCACAGCCCGGUGGCACACAAUCCAGUGGCGGUGCGGCCCAGGCCACAUUCGUCGAGCAGAUUGACGCGCGCGACCGCGUCGACAUGGCGACGGAGAAGCGCCACGUCCUGGACCGGCUGACACGCCCGGCCCCCACGCAUCCCCAGGCCUACCACCACCACGCGACUGUCCUGGGCCAGAUCCUGCUGGUGGGCCCCUCGACCGAAAGCAUCGUGGCCGAGCCGGGCACGCUGUCGCUGUGGACCGGGCUCAUUGACGACCUGUACGACGCAGGCCAAGUCAAGGACGCGCACGUGGAGAGCAACAAUCUCAUCCGCGUGCUUCUCCAUGCGGACGAGGCCCAGAUGGCGGCCGCGUGCGUGUCCGUGCCGUCGACCGUCUUGUUUGCCCCCGAGACAUUCCCGGUGGAAGCCCGUGAGUUUAAGGCAGCAGAUGUGCCCGGAGCAGCCGCGCUGGCGGAGACCGAUAGCACAGAGUCAUCGUCGUCGACGUCGUCGACGUCGUCGUCUGCGGCCCCCAGACUAUACUAUCUCGAGGCCAUCACGGGCGCGACACGCCACAAAAUGGGCGUGGCGGCCGGGCUGGUGAAGGCGGGCGACAUCGUCUGCGAGGUCGGGCCGCAGAGGCUGCUUGUUCGGCUGUUUCACGAGGGCCCGUUGGCCGGCCGGGCGUGCGUAGUUGGCACGGCGCUCACGACGGAGGACGUUUGCCGCGCCAACGCGCACGCGUACUCUGCACAAAACAUGCGCAUCAUCGAUCGGUAUGCCGACAUUUACCUUGGCAAGGAGGCACUGUACGUCAUCUCUGGAUUGGCGAGUCGCCAUCCGGGGUCUGCUUCGGGAACCGUAUAG